AAUAAUGAAAAAUUGUUUUAGCAACGUUAUAUGUUGUGGGCCAAAAAAACGGAAAAAAAUUAGUAUAAAAGAUCUAGUAAACUGAAAAUGCAUUGGGACUUUUAGUCUAACCAGCGAACGAAGAACAUACAAGCUCUUGUGGAAGCCAAACUAGUCUAUUAGUCUCAGUCGUAUCGAAAUCAAAAGUCAAAAAUCUUGAAAUCAACGCGGCAUUCGCAAGUCGAACAUAUUGACUAUUUUCAAAAACAGCCGUCAAAUUCAGUUGCAAUAUUAUUGAAAAUAAACAUGGCACCUUUGGAGGUUGGAGAUCGAAUUGUCAUAAGAUAUUAUGACUACAUGCAAAAUUUAACAGUUACCAGAGCAAAUGACAAGAAUCGUGAACAGCCCGAAGAGUAUCGUGUUAAACUUCAAGGAAUAUGUGGGGAAUUUUUCGACACCUCCUCGAUGAAUAUCCUUACCAAUGUUAUAAAAAAGAAAGAAGUAUUUAACAUCGCAUGUAUUGACAAAAAUGAACUCGUAUUGACAUAUUCAACAUCUAAAAAAAGUCUCAACACUCAGAUUUGGAAUGCUGAAAAUUUGAAACCCAAAGACGUCGGCAAUAUAUAUGAAAAGAAUUUUACAUGGAAAAAUGCGUACAAACCUGGACUUAAGUCGAAUAAUUGUGCAACAUAUAACGCUAAACGUUAUCCAGUGAACAACGAAAAACGUUAUACGGCCCAAGACAGACUUAUGAAAUACCGGAAAACUGAAGAACCACAAAUUGUACAAGAGUUAAAUAAAUUCAAACAACCCGAAAAUAGACAACAAUACAAGACCAAUAUUACACGUUAUUCAGCUCAAGACCGACUUAAACAGUACAAGGACACCGUUACUCCGAAAGAAACGCAGCCUAAACAGUAUGGCACAAAGAAUACAGAUAUGAACCGAUAUGAAGUUAAAGUAAAAUACUGCAACGAACGAAAUCUCAGCACUGACAUAACAACAAAAGACCUAUGUACCAAGAAACCAACAUUAAAACUAGGCGAGACGCAAAAAAUAAUGAUAGUUCAAAAACGAUCGAAGACAUGUUAUCUUGUACACUCUAUGGAGAGUAGGAAGUGUGUUAUCACCUUGUGUGAAAAACUACGCGAAAUUGGUGGUGAAACUGAUUUGAUAAUAAAAUACUAUACAACCUAUAACUCCUAUUCAUUUGUAUCGGUCAGACAAUGUGUAUAUUCCUUAAUGUUGUUAACAGAAGAUUACGGGCUGUAAUGAUGUCUUUUUAUAUUAUAUAUAUUUUUUUCAUUACGUUUAUUAUGAACUAUUUGAAUUUUCAUAACUAAUCAUCUUAUUGCUUUGUUUAUUGUUUAUAUAUUUGCUUUUUGUUACAUUAUUUUCAUUUUUUUUUUGCUUUAUUAAAUUUUUUUGUUCACUAAUCUAUUUAAAUCAAAUAAAGCUAUUUGACACUUAUAAAACAUUGUUAUCAUCUAAUUUUAUUUUACUUAUUUUGUACGUCA